AAUUCAAAAUGGUUAGUCCGAAUAUCCUCCUCAUCACGGCAUUUCUACUGUUUACGAUAUGUUGUAACAAUAACAUCGUGGCAGGAGAUGAUUCCCCUUGUUGGCGAUUGAACGGACGGUGCCAGUAUACCAGUGAAAGUUGUGGCAGGUACAACAGCGCCCCCUUGUGUGGCGGGCCAAACAACAGGCAAUGUUGUGUCAGUGGAGCCGAUAGACUCUGCUGGAAAAAAUACCGCUAUGGAUUUUGUCAAGACACCAGUAGAAGCUGCCGUGGUGGUUAUGAUGGUGCAAACUUGUGUGGAGGAGGAUACUCGAGACAAUGCUGUAGAAGACUAUAGUUAUCCAUGAGCUUUGCUGUGUAAACCGACAAAUAAAAUGG